UGUGUGUGUGAACCUGGAAAGUAGCCAACAAUCGAUGCAUAAAUGCGGUCUUCUGGGAUCAGCUAUUAGAUGGAAUUUGUGUACUUGUAUAUAACCUAUAUCACUGUACCUCGCCCUCUAUUUAUUUUCUUGUCUUUGUUUACAUUUUCUAGCUGUGCAGUGUUGGGUUGUACAAGUGUGUAAUCUACCUGCACUGUUCACUGCAGGCCAUCAUCAAUAAUGAGGACCACUACUCAUAUCUCAGCAGAUGCAGGGCAACGACUACCAAUCGGAUGCAUUUAUAAAAUCGGUUUUAGGAGAAGUUGUGCUCUUUGCGGGAAGUUUUGAUGCACAGAAGCUUGUGACAUGACAAGCUGACCUCGUGUGGUCAGUCCAAACAGAAGGAGCCUCUACUGUCCAAUCACAGAGCUCCUCCUGCCCCCGAACGUCCGGGUCUUUGACCAAUCAGGGAGCUCAGCGCGGAGUCAGAGGGGACAGCGAUCACAGAUAAAAUGUUUGACUUCCAUCCAUCCUCUCAGAGCAUCUUCUCAAUCCUCACAGGACUGUUAGAAACUUGCACUUUGAUUUAAACUGUCUGAGCCCACGCCGACCGCUGGACACAACCCAGCAGCUCUAUGACGGACUCCGAUCGCUCCGGUCGAGACAACCUGUUACUCCAGGAGUGAGGAGACAGUAGAGAGGGGCGACCCAAAGUAACUCAACCGAAGUAAAAAUAGGGUAUUCUGUGGAAAUAAACGCGACACGCACAAGGCAGCUUUGUUUCCAGAGUUCCCUGACAGAAAGUCAGGAAUCAUGACAGCGCUGGCAGGAGGUUUACCGAGAAUGAUGAGGCCGACUCCUCACCAGAACUACCCGCGGGGAGGAUACUCUCUGGAAGUGUCCACUCCGUUGGGACAGGGUCGGGUCAACCAGCUCGGUGGUGUCUUCAUAAACGGCAGACCUCUCCCCAACCACAUCCGUCAUAAAAUCGUGGAGAUGGCCCACCACGGUGUCCGGCCGUGCGUCAUCUCCCGGCAGCUGCGGGUGUCCCACGGCUGCGUCUCCAAAAUCCUGUGCCGGUACCAGGAGACCGGCUCCAUCAGGCCCGGAGCCAUCGGAGGCAGCAAGCCAAAGCAAACCGCUUCUCCAGAGAUCGAUAAGAAAAUCGAGGAGUACAAGAGAGAAAACCCGGGCAUGUUCAGCUGGGAAAUCAGGGACAAACUACUGAAAGACGGGAUCUGCGACAGAAACAACGUCCCCUCAGUGAGCGCCAUCAGCCGCAUCAUGCGCUCGAAAUUCGGCGGAGCUGGUGAUGAUGAAGAUGAGGAGGAUGAAGUGGUGAAGAGGGCGAUGGAGGAAAACGAGCCACGGACCAAACACAGCAUCGAUGGCAUUCUGGGAGACAGAUCCAGUCACUCAGAUGAAGGAUCCGACGUAGACUCUGAGCCAGGCCUGCCUUUGAAGAGAAAGCAGCGUCGCAGUCGGACUACGUUCACAGCGGAGCAGCUCGAGGAGCUGGAGAGGGCCUUCGAACGCACACACUACCCCGACAUCUAUACGCGAGAGGAACUGGCUCAGCGGGCCAAGCUGACGGAGGCUCGAGUUCAGGUGUGGUUUAGCAACAGAAGAGCCCGUUGGAGGAAGCAAGCAGGAGCAAAUCAACUGAUGGCGUUUAACCACCUUAUCCCUGGUGGUUUCCCUCCAUCGGCGAUGACAGGCCUGCAGCCCUAUCAGCUGUCAGACAGCUCCUACCCUCCGACUUCUAUAUCUCAAGCCUCCGAGCAGCCCAGUACAGUCCACCGACCGCAGCCUCUCCCACCCACCUCCGUACACCAGAGUGGGCUCAGCUCUUCGGCAGGUUCCCAGGAUGGAAGCUCCGCAUACUGCCUGUCUUCUGGACGACACGGCUUCUCAGGAUACUCGGACAGCUUUGUGACACCGACGGGACACAGUAACACUGUUAACCCGACCAUCAGCAACAGCCUCUCUCCACAGGUGAUGGGUCUAUUGAACCCAGGUGGAGUACCACACCAGUCCCAGAGCGACUUCGCCCUCUCCCCACUCACCGGAAGCCUGGAGCCCAGCGGAGGCAUGGCUGCUAGCUGUCAUGGUUCCCAGCGCCUGGAGGCUCUACCAGGCCUGACCAGUAUGCCCACCCUGCCAAGCACCCAGUCUUACUGCCCACCUUCUUACACUUCCCCAGCCUACGCCGUCGAACACCACCCCUCCUACCAGUAUGGACAGUACAGUCAGAGCAAGGUGCCUUUCAUUAUAUGAAGCCCAACAUGGCCUGAACAAGAGACUCGCCCGGCCACUCUGACAUUCAUCCCUGGAGAACACCACCACCCGCUGCCUCUGCCAACUUCCUCAGCCCCGAGGACAGCAGGACGUGGGAUGAGGGGGAGGUGAAGGGGGUCGAGGUGUUCUCCUUCAGCUUGAGAUGGAGGUGUAGUGAUGGCGAUGAAGGGGGUUGACUGGAAUAAUUAGGACCAAAGGCGCAGCCUCUCCUGUUACCUGACACUCGCUUUGCUUGUGCGUCACGUCACGCUCCGAGGACCAAGCACAGUUCGUCGUCCACGGUUCAAGAGGAGAAGAAAAAGGGGGACGGGGUGGGGAAAUGGGGAGUAAAUACAUUCAAGACCUUGUAUUUGAUUCUUGUAAUAAGUGGCAGAGAUGCAAGUCGGGGUGGACUUUAUUAGCCCCCGGUGCUUCUGUGUCCCGACUGGCUGGAUGGUGAUAAUGUGUUGCGCUCAGCCCCAAUGCUCUUCACAGAAUGUCUUCAUUACACUGUCUGAGGGCAAUGAUAUUAACUGUGGAAGGAUGUGACUCUUGCAUGAGACUAAAAUGUGACUACAUCCUGAAAACCAGCGAGAGGGCAUAAAAUUGAAGCCAAGUGGAGUCGGUGAAUCCGCUGCAACCCAAAGAAAGUGCAAUACAUUCAUACCUCAUGUAAUGUAAAUGAACAUGGAUCAACUAUCCCUGAUUAUGUCCUCAAUAACGAACUCUCUCUUUUUAAUGUCAUUAAUUUUGGGUUGUUCUCAUUGAUCAAUCAGGGGAAAUCAUCAAGCGACGAAUAAUAGCAAACAUAGUCAUGAUGUCAUUAAGCCAAAAAAAAUUCUCUGCCAGUGAAUACAUUAUUCAGUUUGACAGUUAAUUUUUUUUUUGUUGUUAUUUUGCAUGUGUUAAAUUAGUUUUGGUCAGGAACUUGCAAAUAUUAGUUCCAUUUCUUAUUUAUUUAGUGUUGUUCCAGUGUCUCUUCUGUACAUCUUGUAUAAGCGCUCAUCGGUGCUUAAGUAAGUCUUACACAAUGUUCAUUAUUCACAUUUUUUUUUCUCUUGUAUAAUUUUCAUUUACAAUGACGUGAAAUGAUUUUGUUGUAAGAGGUUUUGUGUAUAAUAUAGCACUAUUUACUAUUUAUAAUAAACUAUGUGAAAAGCAGAAAGUUG